AUGAAACCUUUCAGUACGCCCUAUUACUCGUUUAUCAUUAACCCGCUGAGAGGUCGGGGAGCUAGAUCAGCAUGGAUAGAAUAUCUGAUUACAGCUACAUGUGGAAUCGGGAACAUGCUUUUUGGAUAUGAUCAGGGAGUCAUGGGUAGCCUGCUUACUGGCCCUUCUUUCGAGGCCACCUUCCCUUCUAUAUCAAAUGGCAACACCACCCUUCAAGGCUUUACUGUUGCUGUAUAUGAGCUAGGGUGCGCAGUUGGGGCCUUGACUGUCAUAAUUAGUGGUGAUCGAUUCGGCCGGAGGCUCACCAUCAUGCUGGGCGAGCUGAUUAUUAUCAUCGGAGCUAUUCUUCAAGCCUCAUCCUUUGAUCUUGCCCAGUUAAUUGUGGGUCGCAUUGUCGCUGGAUUGGGUAAUGGAAUGGCAGCUGCCGUACUACCAACUUGGAACGGCGAGUGCUCCCGGGCCAAGACGAGAGGCCGAGCUGUCAUGUGGCAACUCAAUAUCAACCUAUUCGGCAUUGCCCUAGCAUAUUGGGUUGACUAUGGCCUCGCAGCAUCUACUCGUACCGGAAAUAAUGGUUGGGCAUGGAGAUUGCCACUGGGCUUGCAGUCCGCUUUCUCGAUUUUAACAAUAGUUCUUGCAAUGUUUCUUCCAGAGUCACCCCGAGUUCUGAUUCGAAAUGGAAAAAUUGCCGAAGCUAGCGAUGUCAUCGAUAUGCUGUCGGUGGAGGAGGAUCCUGCUACACGUGCAAAUGAAACUCGUAACACUGUCGCAAUGAUUGAGCAGACACUACAGGAAGAUAUGCAAAGUGAUUCCAGAUGGCAGGCAAUAUUCACUCAGGGCAAAUCACGAUUCUUUCAACGACUUGUGUUAUCAGCAUUCGUGAUGAUGAUGUAUCAACUUACAGGUAUUAAUCUUAUCACAUACUAUGUGCCAAUCAUAUUUCAAAAUACGUUAGGAUUGUCUCGUCAUAUGAGUUUACUUCUUUCCGGCGUUGUCGGCCUCGAAUUUUGGCUUGCAAGCUUUGCUCCAAUUCCUCUCGUCGACAGAAUGGGACGUCGACCGUUGCUUUUACUAGGGGCAGUAGGGCAGUGUAUCAGUAUGAUCGUCAUUGCCGCUACGUUGGCAUAUCCAAGUAACAAGAUAUGUGGAUAUGUCUCAAUAGUCUUCAUUUUCAUUUUCAAUACUGUCUGUGCUAUCGGCACGAACGGUUUAGCCUUCCUACUACCGGUGGAAUUGACUCCUCUGCAGACACGCGGAAAAUCAGUUGCUAUCUCCACCGGCUGCUUCUGGCUUUGCAACUUUUUCGUUGUGAUGAUAUCACCUGUGCUAAUCUCUCGCAUUAAAUAUGGAACCUACAUUUUGUGGGCAUGUACAAACCUGUGCUUCAUUCCCAUGAUUUACUUCUUAUUACCGGAGACUUGCAAAGCUGCUCUAGAAGACAUUGAUGUCAUGUUCGAAACUAACCCAACCUGGCUCAUUGGUCCAAUAUCGAAAAGGAAACUGGCUGAUAUCACGAAGGCUAGGUCUGAGCAGAGUAACUUGGGGAUGGAUGGGAAGGAGAGCACUACUACGGUGAAUAUGGUGGAAAAUACAUCGGCCGAAUAG